AACUUUUUUUUUAAAGGAAAAAAAUAAAAGAAAAACUAAGAUGUAAAUAAACGUUGCUCCUAAAACAAGGGAAUACUUUAUUACAAUGGUUCAAGAAUUACAAUGCCAAUCCCAUCAUUUUGUUUUUCAUUUUCAUGUAGUCUUCUCAAUCCCCAUCCCCAUACAUAUGAUAUGCCUAUUUCCUUCUUUCCGCUCAUCCUAAUCCAUAGCUUUUCCUUUUCAAGGCCUUGAAAAAUUCAUAAAGUUCAUACCUUUUUCAGAUAUAUGCAUACACAUUUGCAUACUUGCAUACAAAAACAAAGAAAAAGGGGGGAAUUAAUCAAUUAUAUAUGUAUUCAAUCAUAAAUUUGUGCAAGGAAUCAUUUGCUUUUCUGGGCCUCUCUUUGAAAUGGUGGCUUUAUCAGAUUGCUGUCUGAAACAGAAAAAAGAGGGAAUAUUUAUGGAGAAUCUAAUCUGAUGUUUGAUGGGUAGUUGUCUUCUCUUAAGUUUUCUGAGAUUGUUUCUCUGCUAUUCAACGGUCUUCACUUUCAUUGGGGACUGUGAAAAAUAAAUCCAACCCUUGUCUCAAGAUUUAAUUUUUUUUAGGGAGAGAAAGCUGAAAGGUGUUGGCUUUAAGGGAAAUAGGGUGUGCAGAGACAGAUUCUGUGUGUGUUUUGUGUUGUUGUUUUUGCAUGUAUUGUGGGGGUGGUGGGGGAAUUAGAGAAGUUUGGGGAAAAUAAUGUUGGCAUUGGUUGGAGGAGGGGAAGCAGUUAAUACAAUGGAGAAGGAAUUUGAUUCAAAGAUGAGGAUUCAGAGCAACAGUUCUUCAUCCAACAAUGAUGGUGGUGGUGGUAAUGGUGAUUCUCAGAGAUCUAAGAAUUUCUCCUUCAGAGCGCCACAGGAGAAUUUUAGCAUUCAAGAUUUUGAAUUGGGCAAGAUUUAUGGUGUUGGUUCCUAUUCAAAGGUUGUUCGAGCCAAGAAGAAAGACACCGGCAAGAUUUAUGCUAUGAAGAUCAUGGACAAGAAGUUCAUCACGAAAGAAAACAAAACAGCUUAUGUAAAAUUGGAGCGCAUUGUUCUGGACCAGUUAGAUCAUCCCGGUGUAGUGCGAUUGUUUUUUACAUUUCAAGAUAGUUUCUCACUCUACAUGGCGCUCGAAUCUUGUGAAGGCGGAGAACUUUUUGAUCAAAUCACACGGAAGGGCCGUUUAUCAGAGGAAGAUGCUCGUUUCUAUGCAGCUGAAGUUGUGGAUGCUCUCGAAUAUAUACACAGUAUGGGCUUAAUACAUCGAGAUAUUAAGCCGGAGAACCUGCUGCUCACUGAAGAUGGCCACAUCAAAGUCGCAGAUUUUGGUAGCGUAAAGCCUAUGCAAGAUAGCCAGAUAACGGUCCUUCCUAACGCAGCAUCGGAUGAUAAGGCGUGUACCUUUGUCGGGACAGCCGCCUAUGUACCUCCGGAAGUUUUAAAUUCCUCUCCGGCAACUUUUGGGAAUGAUCUCUGGGCCCUUGGAUGUACGUUGUACCAAAUGCUUUCGGGGACGUCUCCCUUCAAGGAUAACAGUGAAUGGCUUAUUUUCCAAAGAAUCAUCGCGAGAGACAUCAGAUUUCCAAAUUACUUUUCGGAAGCAGCACGGGAUCUGAUAGAUAAAUUAUUGGAUAUUGAUCCGAGUCAGAGACCGGGGGCGGGACCCGAUGGCUAUUUAUCUCUGAAAAGCCAUCCUUUUUUUAUGGGAAUUGAUUGGACAAAUUUGAGGGCUGUGAACCCACCUCCACUAGCUUUGGACCCAAGAGCUCAGUCGUCUCCUGGAGGCGAAGAUCACGAUUCUUCAUGGAAUCCCACACAUGUUGGAGAUGGUUCAGUAAAAACAAACGAAGGAAAUGGUGCCGUUGCUUCAGCUUCUGAUACUGGCAGCAUUAAUAGGCUUGCUUCAAUUGAUUCAUUUGACUCGAAAUGGCAGCAAUUUUUGGAGCCGGGCGAGUCCGUUCUUAUGAUCUCCAUGGUCAAGAAACUGCAGAAGAUAACUAGUAAGAAGGUGCAGCUCAUCCUUACGAACAAACCAAAAUUGAUCUAUGUCGACCCGGCAAAACUGGAGGUCCGAGGAAAUAUCAUAUGGUCGGACAAUCCGACUGAUCUGAACGUUCAAGUUAUAAGCCCUUCGAAUUUCAAGAUUUGCACUCCGAAGAAGGUUAUGUGCUUCGAUGAUGCAAAGCAACGAGCAGCGCAGUGGAAGAAGGCGAUCGAGGCCCUCCAAAACCGGUAAAUUGCUUACUCGUUCGACUACACAUACAUCUGGAUAUAAUUAUAACACAGCGUGGAAAAAGAAAAACACGAGGCGACCCCAUCAACAGUUUCGGGUGAUGCUCCGUUGGAAGCUCUCGCUCGAGGAUAGUCGCUGUUCGAGCUCCUUAAGGUGGCCUCUCACAUCACCAUGGAUAUGUUAUCCACCAGUUUUGCUACAAAAAAUAGUUUGUUCAGAAUCUCCCAGUUCAAAUAUCAUUUAUUUAGAUCAGUUUUUGCUUUGAUUUAGUUUAUAUUUGGAUGAUUAAAUCUACAUACUGAAUGGAAAGUGUAAUAGACCAGGAAACAUUUUGAUUCAUUUAAUUGUAUGGUGAAAGAAAGAUGAGAAUUUCUUGUGUUUUA